AUGUCCUACUUCCUUCCACACUUGCCAUCAGGCUGGCACGUGGAUCAAGCCAUCGUGCAAGAGGAGGAAAGAGUAGUGGUGAUCAGGUUUGGAACGGAUUCGGAUGCUACUUGCAUGGCCAUGGAUGAGAUCUUGUACCAGUGCUCCGAGAGGGUGAAGAAUUUCGCAGUGAUCUACCUGGUGGAUAUCACCCAGGUGCCUGAUUUUAACAAAGUGAGUGCGCAACGCGAUACGUUCUCUCAGGAGCGCCUGUAUGCGGUUGAUUGCCUGAACUGAUCCGCGCAUCUACCCGCCAACAUCCCCUUGAUCACAGAUGUACGAACUGUACGAUCCUUGUUCCGUGCUGUUCUUCUUUAGGAACAAGCACAUCAUGAUCGACCUGGGCACUGGUAAUAACAACAAGAUCAAUUGGGCACUGGAAGAGAAGCAGGAAUUCUUGGAUCUGUGCGAAGUGGUCUACAGAGGUGCGAGCAAGGGGCGAGGUCUGGUCGUCAGCCCUCGAGACUAUUCUACUCGGUUGAAGUACUGA